AUGAAGUUUACAACCGCACUCACAGUCUUCCUCGCCUUCGGGCCCGCUACUGUCCUGGCUGCUCCCCUAACCCAGGAUGCUACUUCGGCCCUGACAGGUGGUCCUGCACCUGGAGGACCUGGUGAAGGAGCCAAAGCGCCCGCUGGACCUCCGAUGGGAGGCUCAUCUUCGCAGGGAAUGAGUGGAUCAUCGAUGGGGAAUGAGGGUUUGUUGGAUAAGGUUGAGAAGAUCCUUAAGGACGUUCUUGGUAGUCUGCGCAAGAGAGGUCUCGUUGAGGAGGUCGGGGACGUUCUUGAGAAGGCUUUACAAAACGCCAGCAAGCUUCUCAAUGGCGAGAGCUCCGGCAGCGAGAGCUCCUUCAGCACGCAAUCCACUGAUCCAGAUGCGCUCCCUCCCACCGCUCCUCAGGAUGGUAAGAGAGACGAUGACAAGGAGGCCCAGCCAGCACCACCUCGUGCACCAGUCCCUGCCUCAGCUCCAGUCCCUGCCCCGGCUCCAGCUCCGGCUCCAGAACUAGCACCAGCACCAGCACCCAAAAAAGGAAGCGCCUUCACCUCCGGCUCCGAACUCUCCAAACUCCUCGGCGGCCGUGCACUCCUCGACGAAAUCGACCCUGUGAACACCUCUGGCACAACAGCGCCCAUCUCCAACGACCCCAUCGAACCCACUGAAGCCAACAAGCUACCUGCCAAGCCCUCGGCACCUGCUCCCAUCGCCAAGGAAUCCUCCCCUGUCGAUGUUGCGCCCGUCGAUACUAAGAAGCAGAAGAUCGAGGACAAGAAGGAGAAGGAAGGCCCCAACGAAGGCACUCCCACUGGUGGUUUCUCGAUUACUCCCGAAGAUCUUGAGAAGUUGAAAAUGUUUAUUGCGUCUCAGGAUAAGGCUAAGAGUGUGCCUAGUAUGACUGAUGCUUAA